CGCUGUACACGCCCACUCCAUUCUGAUAGCCAAUCAGCCUAGCUAGAAAGUUCUGAGACUUAAACAAACGCAAUCCUCAAAAGGUGUUUUAAACUGCAACGUCAGGGUUUUUGUAUCGUAUUUCAAGACUAUUUUGGGUUUGUCACUACCCAUCCUCCUAAGCGUCAUUUGCUGCCUUGGAGACCAGCACAGAGAUCGUAGUAUCCAAAGGAACGAAAUACAAAGUUGAAAUAAUGGAAGCUUUGUCAACCUACGCUGUCCUUACAGAAAAACACUCAGUAGUUUCAAAGGUUUCUGUAUCUCAUAUUCAGCUUGCCUGCACCCCGCACAACUGUUCCUUCCCUCUGCAUGGCACUGAGCUUUGCAUUUGGAAUACUGAAGAUCCCCUUCAGCAGCCUCUGCACUUGUUGGGUCAUCAUGAGCCAAUUACAGCUGUAACGUUUGGACAAAAAAAAGAGCCAUUAUUGGUUUGUUCAGCUUCUGAAGAUUAUGUCAUUAUUUGGAGUGUUAAUGAAUGCAGAAACAAAGCUAUUCAAGGAUUACUGCCUCGUGGAAUCAUUAUAGGAACCUUGCUUGGUCCUGCAUCAUAUUUGAGCUUCAGUCCAGAUGAUCUCCUUGUGGCACUUUGCAGUUGUGAAAAGAUAUAUGUGUUGAGUUCCCAGCGUGAAUCCAUUAUAGCAGUACUAGAAGGACAUUUGGAUCUGGUGACUGCUGCCGAGUUCUGCUCUUGGAAAGAUAAUGUACUUGUGUCAGUGUCUGAAGAUAGGACUUUUAAGAUUUGGGACCAUAUCAAAGGUCUGCUAAUGUACCAGUCAGGAAUGUUAUCAGCAUCUCCACUGAUUAGUCUCUGUAUCAGUGAAAAAUCAAAACAGUUUGUUACUGGAUCAGUUGAUGGGCAGAUAUGGGUCUUCAGCUUAGUUGAUGGACAUCAGUACCGUAAUGUGCUUCAUGUUGAUCUUCAAAAAAAGGAGCAGAGCUACUGUAACAAAAACAUCCCAGAGAUGCUAGAUGUCCUGCAAGUAGGGAGUUUGACUGUUAGCGAAAGUGACAUCAAAUGUAACCAAAAGACAGAGAUAGCUGCAUCAGUUCUUCGAAUUGUUUCCUGUGAACAAAAUUCUGAGUUCUCUGGAACACUAAACUGUUCUUCUCAUGAAAACUCUGAUUUUUACUGGAUAUGUACCAUAACUGGAAUCUUUUUAUUUAACUCGGCUACUUCUGAAUUGGAUGCUGUUCUACAUUUUGGAGUAAACAGUGCCAUUUAUUUUUCAGAUUAUGAUCAUCUUACCAUUCAAAUAGCUGGGUCAGGUACAUUAGGAAUCCAGUGGCCAGAUAAGGUUUUCUGUGUGCUUACCUCUAUGUUUGGGAAUCAGAUAUCAUUAUUAGAGGUAGAUGCAAAAGUAUUGACAAGAAUCUUUCAACAUCAGCAUUGUGUGAAAGUAGCUGAUGGUGUUGUUGCAAGCUCACCUUUGCUUCCUACUUCUCCUUUGCGCUUUGAGUUUGUGAAGAAAGAAACUAAACCUGCUGGUCAAAAGAAAUCUGGCAGAAACACUGCAGUCAAAGAUCAUCCACUCGUUUUUCAGAGUAAAGUGAAGUCAUCUUGCUAUACAGCACAACCUCGAAGAAAUAUGUUUGUACCCCACACUAAUGUAAAAAAGCAUGCUGAACUACCUGCAAAGAGGAGGGAUAACAGCUGUAGAGGAAUUGUGCACAUGUACAGUUAUCCUGAACAAAAUUCAGCUCCAGUCCAAGCCAAGGUGCAGAUAUCUGCUGCUGACAGACCAGGACCAGUAAACUGUUUGAAGUACUCAGGAGAUGGAAAACAGAUUGCCUGUGGUCUUGCAGAUAAAUCCAUACUGGUAUACAACUCUUCCCUGGAUGGUUCCCCCUCACUUUAUAGCGGUCAUGAUGCAGCAGUGACGUGUGUUGACUGGAGUUUUGACAAAAAAUGGAUUAUGUCAGCUUCAGAGGAUGCAUCAUUACGAAUAUGGGCCACACAGAAUGGAGAACCAUUACUUAUUCUGGGGAAGGAAAAGUUCCAUAAGCCUAUUCGAUCAGCACAGUUUUAUUUCAUGGACAAAUUUAUAUUAAUGUCAUCAGGAUCAGAUAUUCAGCUGCUUGCAUAUUAUCUGGACAUAAAAAAAGAUGAUUUAAAACGAUACAAGCAAACAAGUAGGUGCAAACUUGUCCAGACAUUCCGUAUGACAUCCUCCUUGGAAAUAACCAGCAUUACAGCCGUAAAUGAUUUUUAUUCUUAUAUUGUGGUUGCAGCAGGAAGUAACCGUGCUCUGGAAGUAUUUGACAUGAACAGUGGCUGCAGUAUAGCUAUGGUUUCAGAUGCACAUUCAAGAGCAGUGCAUCAGGUUUGCCAAAAUAAGGGAUCAGCAUUUUGCUCUCAGCCUCCAGAGGCUUACAAUCUUUUCCUAACUACUGCUGUUACAGAUGGUAUUAAGCUAUGGGAUAUGAGGACAAUGAGGUGUGUACGUCGAUACGAAGGACAUUUGAAUCGUUCUCUGUCAUGUAGGAUAAACAUUAGCUCUUGUGGGCGCUUCAUAGCCACCGGGUCAGAGGACAGAUGUGCUUACAUAUAUGACAUCAAUUCAAGUACCUAUAUCCAUAAGCUUACCGGACAUAAGGACUCUGUAGUAAGUGUUGCUUUCAGUCCUGCAGAACCUAAGUUAUGGGAAAAACAUAUAGUUAAAGCUAACACACUAGCCAGUAAAAUGGCAAAAAAGUAA